AUGACCCAUGAAAACGCUCUACCAAUUUUGCCAAAAAUUCAAUCUUCCGCUUACAGGCUGCAAUCUCCUUGUUCCCGUCGUAAGACACCGCCGUUAUGGGACUUUGUACCUCCCAAGUUUCAUGCAAUAGAAGAGGUGUUGAAGUCUACUCUUCAACUGAUUGUGGAUUUUAGCGUGCCCUUUAUGGAAACCGGAAUCGCUAUUAUUGUGGCAAAGCGUACAGGUAUUAUAUCACCGACGGCUUUUCUUGAGCCCUUUGAUGCCGCCUCUUGGAUGUUAGUUGGAAUCGUCGCGAUACAGACUGCAACGUUUACUAUUUUCCUCUUCGAAUGGCUGUCACCUAGCGGGUUCGACAUGAAGCUCUCUUUAAAUCAGGCAACCCCAUCUGCAUCCCAUCGUUUCUCCCUCUUCCGAACCUACUGGUUGGUAUGGGCGGUUCUGUUUCAAGCCGCCGUUCACGUAGACUCACCCCGUGGAUUCACUGCCCGAUUCAUGACCAACGUCUGGGCACUCUUCGCCGUCGUCUUCCUUGCCAUCUACACUGCCAACCUCGCCGCCUUCAUGAUAACCCGCGAGGAAUUUUACGAGUUUGCAGGACUGGACGACCAUCGUUUAUGCAAGCCUUUCUCUCACAAGCCUCUUUUUAAAUUUGGUACCAUUCCAUGGUCACACACUGAUUCCACAAUUUCCAAGUACUUCAAAGACAUGCACGCUUACAUGAAGACCUAUAACAAAUCCACUGUUCAAGAGGGAGUUAAUGCAGUUCUGAAUGGUGACAUGGAUGCUUUCAUAUACGACGGAACAGUUUUGGAUUAUUUGACCGCACAGGACGAGGAUUGCCGAUUAUUGACUGUCGGUUCAUGGUACGCAAUGACCGGAUAUGGAUUGGCGUUCCCGCGGAACUCGAAAUAUCUGAAGAUGUUCAACAAGAAGAUGUUGGACUUCCGGGAAAACGGCGAUCUGGAGAGGUUGCGCAGAUACUGGAUGACCGGCACUUGCAAACCGGGAAAACAAGAGAUAAAAACUUCCGAUCCCCUGGCCCUCGAACAAUUCUUAUCCGCUUUCCUCCUCCUCAUGGCCGGUAUCCUUCUGGCAGCGCUUCUACUUCUUCUGGAAUAUCUGUACUUCAAAUACGUGCGGAAGCAUUUGGCGAAAACGGAUCGCGGCGGCUGCUGUGCGCUUAUCAGCUUAUCGAUGGGCAAGAGCUUGACCUUCCGGGGUGCCGUCUACGAAGCGCAGGACAUUCUGCGGAAUCAUCGCUGCAGAGAUCCAAUCUGUGAUACUCAUCUCUGGAAAGUAAAGCGAGAAUUGGAUUUGUCUCAAAUGAGGUGCAAACAGCUCGAGAAAGAACUUGAAGCAAAUGGAAUUAAACCACCUCCGGCCUGUAAACGGCGUCAACGACGCAGCAACUGUCUUACGUCCUGUCUGGGUUCUGCUGGUUCACCUGACGUAAUCGUUUCUGGGGAACAAGCCAGGGCUAGACUGAGGGGCUUCAAACCUGACCAUGGCGCUAUCAACUUGGAUCUCGAGCCGAGAACGGAAAUUGCCGAAAUGGAAACCGUGCUGUGAUGGAACACUAAUAUUAAGAUGAACAACACCAAUAACGUAUUCUACAACCGAAGCCAAAAAGGAGAACAAUGGAGAAAUUCCGAAGAGACACCAGGAGAAAUCACAUUCCCCAAGAUAGAAAAACUUUUAUGAUUGCAGCGCGAUUUAUUACAAAGAGUAUGGUAAACUUGAGCACGCGUAUAUUAAUAACACAUAAUAUAUUGGCCAGAACUACAGCAUUACAGCUAGUAGACAUAUUCAUUAUGUGUAGAUUGCAAUGGUUUCAACGUUGGUAGUCGUUUAAAAAUUAAACUCACGCAAGACUUUAAGGUCUUCAAAUA